GUUUGUCGGGAGAAGGGAGGUUGUCGGGAGAGGCGCUGAAUAUCGGGAUUCUCCCGCUAAAAACGGGAGGGUUGGCAAGUAUGCUCUAACGCGACGUUUCACAUGAAAGCAUUUGAAUUAGGGAGUGCGAGAAAGAGAGAGCGAGAGAGGGAGAGAGAGCGCUCCUCCUCCUUUUCCUCCGCCUUGUGUCUCUGCUCUCAGCAGCCGAGAAGCGAGUGCCUCUCGGCGGCGUGCUGUCUCCAUCCCUCCGCUCAGCAGGAUGGAAGGUGAGCUGACCAAGCUUUUGUACGUCCACUCGUCGUCACCUUUCACGCCUUUUCCAGUGUCUCUUGGUAACUUCAUUGCUCCUUUAUAUUGAACAGACAGACAUUUUUAAGGGGGGGGGGGUGGGAAAGAACAAAACAUCACAUAGACUGACGGAACUAAACUGCUGUGGAAGAGGGUCGCCUUUUAUUGGAUGGAUGAUUUCCAGUCGUUGGUGAAUGAGCUAAGGUCAAGCUGGUUGUGAAGGUGCAGGACUUGUUCCCCCCUACGCCCCAGGCCGGAGACAGUAUGGCGGCGGGAGUGGCGGCAUGGCUUCCUUUCGCCCGGGCGGCGGCCAUUGGCUGGAUGCCUGUGGCUAAUCUACCUAUGCCCAUGGCACCAGCUGAGAAGAACAAACGUCAGGAUGAGUUAAUCAUUCUGAAUGUCAGUGGACGGCGCUUCCAAACCUGGAGGAAUACGUUAGACCGCUAUCCAGACACCCUAUUAGGCAGUUCCGAGAAGGAGUUCUUCUACAACGAAGAGACAAAAGAGUACUUCUUUGACCGGGAUCCAGAUAUGUUUCGUAGCGUACUUAACUUCUACCGCACGGGCAAGCUCCACUAUCCUCGCAAUGAAUGCAUCUCCUCCUAUGAUGAAGAGCUGUCUUUCUUUGGCAUUGUCGCGGAGAUCAUUGGUGACUGCUGCUACGAAGAGUACAAGGAUAGAAAGAGGGAAAAUGCAGAGCGUCUGAUGGAUGACCAGGAGGACAAUAAGGAUGCUAAGCUGCCCAACAUGACCUUCAGGGAGACAAUGUGGCGGGCUUUUGAGAACCCUCACACGUCCACAAUGGCCCUAGUCUUCUAUUACGUUACUGGCUUUUUCAUCGCCAUCUCUGUUAUCACUAAUGUGGUAGAGACGGUUCCCUGCGGCUCGGUACCCAACCAUAAGGAAGUGCCAUGCGGCGAGCGCUACACCGUGGCCUUCUUCUGCAUGGACACGGCCUGCGUCAUGAUCUUCACUGUGGAAUACCUGAUGCGCUUAUUUGCUGCACCAAGCCGCUACCGCUUCAUGAGGUCUGUCAUGAGCAUCAUAGAUGUGGUGGCCAUCUUGCCCUACUACAUCGGCCUGGUGAUGACUGACAACGAGGACGUGAGCGGCGCCUUUGUGACGCUCCGAGUUUUCCGUGUGUUUCGUAUCUUUAAGUUCUCCCGUCACUCUCAGGGCCUUCGCAUUCUAGGCUACACUCUGAAAAGCUGUGCCUCAGAGCUGGGCUUCCUGCUCUUCUCCCUUACGAUGGCCAUAAUUAUAUUUGCCACCGUCAUGUUCUACGCAGAGAAGGGCUCAAGCUCCAGUAAAUUCACCAGUAUCCCAGCCUCCUUCUGGUACACCAUCGUUACUAUGACAACCCUCGGGUAUGGAGACAUGGUUCCUAAAACCAUUGCAGGAAAGAUCUUUGGCUCAAUCUGCUCUCUGAGUGGGGUGCUGGUAAUCGCCCUGCCUGUUCCUGUCAUCGUGUCCAACUUUAGCCGCAUCUAUCACCAGAACCAGAGAGCAGACAAACGGCGGGCGCAGAAAGUACAGAAAGCCCGCUUGGCCAGGAUACGAAUUUCUAAGACAGGGAGCUCCAGUGCCUUCCUCCACAACAAGCGGAAUGGCCUCUUCAAUGAAGCUUUGGAGCUCACGCAACUUCCGUACAAGAUGAACCUUUCAGAUCAGGGUUCUAUUGAGGACGAGCAACAGAUAAAUAAGUCCACCUCUCUGUUGGAGAGCCAGCGCCAUCACCUGCUGCACUGUCUGGAGAAAACCACUAACCAUGAGUUUGUGGAUCAUCAGUAUUACCAGCAGAGCUACAUGGAUGCUGGGCUGCAAAAUUACCCAUCUCGGAGCCCCUCCCUCUCCAGCCAAGAGGGUGUGACGGGCACGUGUUGCACCCGUCGCAGCAAAAAGCACCACAGCCCUUUGGCGAACGCCAGCGCCCCGGCACUCAUGCAGCCUUUGACGCAUGCACACCAACAAGGCCUGCAGGAGCUCAGCACCAUCCACAUUCAGCCCCUCAGCACCAGCCGCUCCAGUCUGAACAUGCGCCUGGACGAGCAAGCGCCCCUCAACUGCCAGGGCAGCCAGAUCACCACAGCCAUCAUCAGCAUCCCCACGCCACCUGUCACCACACCUGAGGGCGACGCCCACCUGCCAGCAGGCCCCGCCCACCAGAACGUUGUGAAGGUGUCCGCCUUGUGAACGUGACGUCGUGACAAGACAGUUGAAGACUUGACUGUGACAGGCAAAAGGCGGACAUGAUGUUGGACGAGGAAGACAUGGUGGGGACUGACCUCUGCUGGCCAUGUGCUGUAACUACAUGAACUUCCUGUACAGAAGAGGGAUUAGAUGCAGUACAUCCAUGUUAAUAGGUGUGUGUGUGUGUGUGUGUGUGUGUGUGUGUGUGUGUGUGUGUGUGUGUGUGUGUGUGUGUGUGUGUGUGUGUGUGUGUGUGUGUGUGUGUGUGUGUGUGUGUGUGUGUGUGUGUGUGUGUGUGUGUGUGUGUGUGUGUGUGUGUGUGUGUGUGUGUGUGUGUGUGUGUGUGUGUGUCGCUGAGCACAAAGCACCUUUUCAUGAUUUAGUUUUACUCUUAGAAAAAAAGAGGAUUUGAGUGGAAAAAGACAAAAAAACCUAUCAUGUGGGUAUAUGAGCAGGAGAUGAGUUUCACAUUUGUAAAUGAGCGUGUGCAUCUCCUAGUUAGAAGACUCGUGCUGUUGUGCGUGGAAAGUACGUGCCUAUCAUGGAGCGUGUGGGAAUGUAGUCUCAGUCGAUUGGAAAAGUCUUCUGGAAGUCUAUCUAAUGCUCUGUGUUUGCUAUAGUUGACUAGCUGCCACUCCUGUGGGUUCAAAGUAUUACAUUUCUGUCCAAAAUCCUCAGCUCGGAGCCUUUUUAUACAAAUUUUGCCAGUUCUGUCAGGGUGGAAACGUUGGUUUGUGUUGAUGGGUGUGAAUAUUGUUCUGUGGCCCUCGGGCUUUAAUACAGUGGUUCUUAACCUGGGUUCGAUGGAACCCUAGGGGUUCGGUGAGUCGGGCUCAGGGGUUCGGCGGAGGUCAAAACACACCCGACUCAUUACGGAUACGGCAACAGCUGACUGAUUUGCAGGUGUGUAAUUUGUUGUGAGUUUAUGCACUGUGUUGGUUUUGUUGUUUGAACAAGGUGAUGUUCAUGCACGGUUCAUUUUGUGCACCAGUAAAAAAAACAUGGAAACACUUUAGUAUGGGGAACAUAUUCACCAUUCAUUAGUUGCUUAUUAACAUGCAAAUUAGUAACAUAUUGGCUCUUAACUAGUCAUUAUUAAGUACUUAUUAAUGCCUUAUUAGGCAUGACCCUAACCCUACCCAAAUAACUCUAAAUUAAGUCUUUAUUACUUAGAAUAUGUUCCCCUAGUGUCCAAAUAACUCUAAAUUAAGUCUUUGUUACUUAGAAUGUUCCCCAUACUAAAGUGUUACCAAAAACAUAUAACUUUGUCUUGAAUUUGAAGAGAAAACAUU